GACUGACUGAUUGACCUCUCUCCCCCGGAGCUGAGGCCCAUACUUGGGUUUGAAUUCUCCUCGGAGCCGGUGGGCGGGCUCUGACGCUCUGACUGACUGGGCCGUCCAACAUGGCGGGGAAGGCGGCCGGCCGAGGCUUCUACCUCAACACCGUGCUCAGCCUGGCCCGCUCGCUGGCCGCGCAGAAGCCGGCUCCCAUCGAGAAGGUGGAAAAGCUGUUAUGCAUGUCCCCUGUGGAUUUCCAUGGCAACUUCCAGCUGGAUGAGCGUCGCAGAGAUGCAGUUAUUGCACUGGGCAUUUUUUUGACGGAAUCAAACCUUCAGCACAAAGAUACUGUCGUCCCUUAUCUGCUUCGCCUCCUGAAAGGAUUACCUAAAGUACAGUGGAUUGAAGACAGCUCGGGGAGAAAAAAUCGAGGAAAGCUUCCAAUUGCUGAAAACUUCAGCUUCUGCUUAGUGACUCUACUUUUUGAUGUAGCCCAGAAAGAUUCUACGUUAACGGGACAGAUUCUAAAGGCAAUAUUGGAUGUAAUGGAAGUGCUUUUGGGAAUGUGUCUGGCACCUCAGACUCAGGAUAAAGAAAACAUGUGCAGAUGCACGGUACCAUGUUUGAUUGGAAUUGCAAGGGCAUUUGGUCGUUACAGUUACACAGAUGAAUCCCUUCUGUCAAAACUGUUUCCCAAAAUAACGGCACAAUCACUCAAGGCUCCAAGUGAGAUGGAUGGACUGAGGAGGCGUUCCUUCAAUGACUUUAGAUCGAUCCUACCCAGCUCCCUUUUGACCGUCUGCCAGUCAUGUGAUAGCUUGCGUCAAAAGACCAGCAGUGUGACCAAUGUCUCCCAGGGGAGUCCAGAAUGCUCAACUGCUGUUCCUUGCUCACCUGGAGGGAACAAUAUGCAGUAUUUUGAAGGUUCGUACUUACCAGAUGGCGGUGCUUUGGAUCCCCACUAUUACUUUUCAACCAUUAGUUCUAGUUUCUCAGUCUCCCCGUUGUUCACUGGUUGUAGUACAAAAGAAUUUCACGUUCCACUUGAAAAUCUCCGACAACUCCUACAAAUGGUGAAACGCAUUGUGGCUGAGCCAGUUUUAAAAGCACUGGAUGCAACGUUAACUGAGGUUAUUGAGGCAAAUCCUAAUCUGGACCUGUACUAUCGAAACUUCAGCGAUCCUCUUUAUGUCGUGGUGUUUAAAAUGUUGAGGGACACUUUAUAUCACAUGAAAGAUUUGCAGACCACAUUUGUGAAGGAGGUUCAUGAUUUUGUACUCGAGCAGUUUAAUAGCAGUCAGUCAGAACUGCAGAAGAUCUUACACGAUCUGGACUACUUCCAUACUGAGUUUAGCCCUCUGAAGCUCAGAUGUCAAGCAAACGCAGCAUGUGUGGAUUUAAUGGUUUGGGCUGUUAAAGAUGAGCAAGGUGCAGAAAAUCUCUGCUCGAAGCUCUCUGAAAAGUUGCAGUCCAAGACUUCCAGUAAGAUAAUUCUCUCGCAUAUGCCUUUGCUGAUUUGCUGUUUGCAGGGUCUAGGGCAUUUAUGUGAGCGAUUCCCUGUUGCAGUUCAUUCUGUGACAACAUCACUGAGGGAUUUUCUAGUCAUCCCUUCCCCAGUACUUGUCAAAGUGUACAAGUACCACAGUCAAUACAAUUCAGGAGGAACUGAUAUUAAGAUAAGUGUAACAAAUGAACACUCAGAAGCAACUGUGUUGUCCCCAAAGAAAAACCAGCCAUCCAUGUACGAACAACUGAGGGAUAUUGCUAUAGAUAACAUCUGCAGGUGCCUUAAGGCAGGAUCAGCCGCAGAUGCAGAAAUCGUGGAAGCAUUCUUGGCUAGUCUCUCCAAUCGUUUAUACAUAUCCCAGGAGAGUGAUAAGGACGCCCACCUAAUUCCUGAUCACACGAUCCGCUCCCUUGGCCACAUUGCUGUGGCUCUGAGAGACACCCCAAAGGUGAUGGAACCAAUCCUGCAAAUCCUCCAGCAGAAGUUCUGUCAGCCUCCAUCUCAGCUGGAUGUCCUUAUCAUUGAUCAGCUGGGCUGCAUGGUCAUCACCGGCAACCAAUAUAUUUACCAAGAAGUGUGGAACCUCUUUCAGCAAAUCAGUGUGAAAGCCAGUUCUGUUGUUUACUCGGCAACUAAAGACCACAAAGACCAUGGCUACAGGCACUGCUCCCUAGCAGUUAUCAAUGCCCUCGCCAACAUUGCAGCCAACCUGCAGGGGGAGCAAUUGGUGGAUGAACUCCUUGUCAACUUGCUCGAGCUGUUUGUGCAGCUGGGUUUGGAAGGGAAGAGGGCCAGCGAACGAGCGAGUGAGAAAGGUCCUGCAUUAAAGGCUUCAAGCAGUGCAGGAAAUUUGGGAGUUCUCAUUCCAGUCAUAGCAGUGCUGACCAGACGCUUGCCACCGAUCAAAGAUGCCAAACCCAGGCUACAGAAACUGUUCCGUGACUUCUGGCUCUACUCUGUCGUGAUGGGAUUUGCCGUGGAAGGUUCAGGACUCUGGCCAGAGGAGUGGUAUGAAGGAGUGUGUGAAAUAGCCACUAAGUCCCCACUACUGACUUUUCCUGGAGGAGAGCCUUUGCGCUCCGAACUGCAGUAUAACUCUGCUCUGAAGAAUGACACUGUGUCACCGGCUGAACUGAAUGAAUUGAGAAGUACCAUCAUAAAUCUUCUAGAUCCCCCUCCGGAAGUCUCGGCUCUCAUUAAUAAGCUGGAUUUUGCGAUGUCUACCUAUCUACUUUCUGUGUACCGUCUGGAAUACAUGAGGGUAUCCCGCUCAACGGAUCAGGACCGUUUUCAAGUUAUGUUUCGCUAUUUGGAGGACAAGGCUAUUCAGAAAGAUAAAGCAGGCAUGAUGCAGUGUGUGAUUGCAGUAGCUGAUAAAGUGUUUGAGGUUUUCCUUGCAGUUAUGGCGGACAAGCCCAAAACGAAGGAAAAUGAGGAAGAGCUAGAGAAGCAUGCACAGUUCCUGUUGGUGAAUUUCAACCACGUUCACAAGAGAAUUCGAAGGGUUGCUGACAAGUUUUUAUCCGGCUUGGUGGAUAAAUUCCCACAUUUAUUGUGGAGUGGUUCUGUGCUGAAAACGAUGCUGGAUAUACUUCAGACACUUUCCCUUUCCCUCAGUGCGGAUAUCCACAAGGAUCAACCUUUUUAUGACAUUCUUGAUACCCCUUACAGAAUCACUGUUCCUGAUACCAAUGAAGCCAGAGAGAGUAUCGUCCGUGAUUUUGCUGCUCGUUGUGGCGGGAUUUUGCAGGAGGCAAUGAAAUGGGCUCCAUCAGUUACCAAAUCCCAUCUUCAGGAGUAUUUGAACAAGAAUCAGAACUGGGUGUUUGGUCUGUCUCAGCACACUGGGCUCGCUAUGGCAACAGAGAGUAUCUUGAAUUUUGCAUGUUACAACAGACAGAACACCACACUGGGGACUACUCAACUAAAUGAAAGGCCAGCGUGUGUGAAGAAGGACUACUCUAAUUUUAUGUCCUCCCUCAACCUACGUAAUCAUUCUGCAGGAGAGGUGGCAGGAAUGAUCGAGUUCUCCGAAGCGACUGGUUGGCAGUCCGACCUGAACAAGAUCAUGAUUAAAAAACUGAACGAUGCACUGGGAUCAGUCGACACUGACGCGUACACACAGUCCAUGUUCAACCUCACAGCUCUGCUCAUCCGCAGAGAGGCCUGUGAUUCUCAGCUCCUUCACCAUCUUUGCUGGGCCCCUCUGCGGAUGUUCACAGCCAUGGGCAUGGAGACUGCUGUGGCCUGCUGGGAGUGGCUGCUGGCCGCAAAGAAUGGCAUCGAAGUGCCGUUCAUGCGGGAAAUGGUUGGAGCCUGGCAGAUGACAGUGCAGCAGAAGAUUGGCCUCUUCUCAGAGGAGAAGAGAGAAGCUGACCCAUUAGCAGCUUCUGAGGAGAGCCAACCUAUGCCCUGUCCCCCUGAAGUUACACCCCACCACAUCUGGAUAGAGUUUCUGAUGCAAAGGUUUGAGAUUGCCAAGUACUGCAGUGCGGACCAAGUGGAGAUCUUUGGCAGCCUUCUGCAACGCUCUCUCUCUCUAAAUGUUGGAGGAUCAAAGGGGACUUUGAACAGACAUGUAGCUGCCAUUGGGCCAAGAUUCAAGCUAUUGACACUUGGUCUUGCUCUGUUGCAUGCUGAUGUGAUUUCCAAUGCCACCAUUCGAAAUGUCCUCAGAGAAAAGGUCUAUUCUACUGCCUUUGACUACUUUAGUGUUGCACCUAAAUAUCCAACCCAGGAUGAGAAGAGACUGCGGGAAGACAUCAGUAUUAUGAUCAAGUUUUGGACAGCCAUGUUCUCUGAUAAGAAGUACCUCAAUGCAAAUCAAUUGGUUCCUCCAGACAACCAGGAUCCCUCUGUGAAUAGCCUGUCUGUUAUAAUUGUGGCUGAUUCGCGGAACAAUCUUGAUGUUGCCGUUGGAACACGGCAGCAGUCUGCACAAGGCUGGAUCAAUACCUACCCACUGUCCAGUGGAAUGUCAACCAUCUCCAAAAAAUCAGGCAUGUCAAAGAAGACCAAUCGAGGUACUCAGCUACAUAAAUAUUACAUGAAACGGCGCACACUUCUCUUGUCUUUGUUGGCGAGUGAAAUAGAGCGUCUCUCCACAUGGUACAAUCCCCUCUCAGCCCCUGAGCUGGCAAUGGACCAAGCUGGAGAAGCCAGCAUAGCGAAUUGGCGAUCCAAAUACAUCAGUCUUAAUGAAAAGCAAUGGAAGGAUAAUGUCAAUCUGGCCUGGAGCAUCUCGCCAUACUUGGCCAUACAGCUACCUACCAGGUUUAAAAACACCGAGGCCAUCGGAGCAGAAGUAACCCGGUUAGUGAGACUGGAUCCUGGAGCUGUCAGUGAUGUCCCAGAAGCCAUACGGCAUUUGGUCACUUGGCACACGAUCGACGCUGACGCCCCAGAGCUGAGCCACAUCUUGUGUUGGGCACCCACCGAUCCACCAACAGCUCUCUCCUACUUUUCAAGCUUGUAUCCACCACAUCCUCUGACUGCACAGUAUGCCGUGAAAGUACUACGGUCAUUUCCUCCGGAUGCUAUUCUCUUCUACAUCCCUCAGAUUGUCCAAGCUCUUCGAUACGACAAGAUGGGCUACGUAAGGGAAUACAUCUUGUGUGCAGCUGCCAAGUCACAGCUUUUAGGUCAUCAAUUUAUUUGGAACAUGAAAACCAACAUAUUCACUGAUGAAGAAGGCAAUCAUAAAGACCCUGAUAUCGGUGACUUACUAGAACAACUGAUUGAAGAGAUCACUGUGUCUCUGUCUGGCCCAGCGAAGGACUUCUACCAACGAGAGUAUGACUUCUUCAACAAGAUUACCAAUGUCUCCGCCAUCAUUAAGCCUUAUCCUAAAGGAGAAGAGAGGAAAAAAGCCUGCCUGAAGGCCUUGUCAGAGGUUAAAGUCCAACCUGGUUGUUACCUUCCAAGUAACCCAGAAGCAAUCGUUUUGGAUAUUGACUACAAGUCAGGAACUCCUAUGCAAAGUGCAGCCAAAGCUCCGUAUCUGGCAAAGUUUAAAGUAAAGCGAUGUGGAGUAGCUGAACUAGAAAAGGAAGGUCUGCGUUCCUCUUCGGAAGGUUCUGAUGAUUCUUCAGAGAAAGAAAACAGUGAAAGAAUUUAUUGGCAAGCUGCAAUUUUUAAAGUCGGUGAUGAUUGCAGACAGGACAUGUUGGCACUACAGAUCAUCGGUCUUUUCAAGAACAUUAUUCAACUAGUGGGUUUAGACCUGUUCGUCUUUCCCUACAGAGUAGUGGCAACAGCUCCAGGGUGUGGAGUUAUUGAAUGUAUCCCCGACUGCAAGUCACGAGAUCAGCUGGGCAGGCAGACAGACUUUGGAAUGUAUGAUUACUUCAGGAACCAGUACGGCGAUGAAUCUACACUGGCAUUCCAGCAGGCACGUUACAACUUUAUCCGCAGCAUGGCUGCUUACAGCCUCCUCCUCUUCCUGCUGCAGAUCAAAGACCGGCACAAUGGGAACAUCAUGCUAGACCGAAAAGGUCACCUCAUCCACAUAGAUUUUGGUUUCAUGUUUGAGAGCUCACCAGGGGGCAACCUUGGCUGGGAACCUGACAUCAAGCUUACCGACGAAAUGGUGAUGAUUAUGGGUGGAAAGAUGGAAGCUACGCCCUUCAAGUGGUUCAUGGAGAUGUGCGUUAAGGGAUACUUGGCAGUCAGGCCUUACAUGGAUGCAGUGGUGUCACUCGUUACACUCAUGUUGGAUACGGGACUUCCCUGUUUCCGGGGCCAGACCAUCAAACUUCUUAAACAAAGAUUCAAUCCCAACGUGAGUGAGAGAGAGGCAGCAAACUUCAUCAUCAAGGUUAUACAGAACUGCUUCCUAAGCAACAGGAGUAAAACGUAUGACUGGAUCCAGUACUAUCAGAACCAGAUCCCGUACUGAUGGAGGGCAUUGGACCGACCUGUUGUCUUCUCAAAGUGUGAUUGUGCGAUAUCACUGCUGUAUCCCUCUUGCAAUUUUUCUUUUAAUCAAUUUGUGUUAGCCACAUUCAACGACUGUACUUUAAAACUAGUUCUGGGACCUCACAACAAUCACUUCUAUAAAAACGUUCUUCAAUCACACUAUGAUUAUAGAGCAUAGAAUGUUUAUCAAAUCAUUGUAGAAGCAUUGAUUGCACUAUUUGUUGUCUGUAAUGCUGAGGAGAUGAGUAUAAAUAUCAAAGAUGUAUGUGGAGAUACUAUUUUUCUGUAGAGUAUGUAAAUGUAAUACAGAUGAGUUCAAUCUAUGAUGUCAAUAAAGCAAUGGAAUUA